CUAACUAUUAAGGGAAAAAAUAGAACCUGUAAUAUACUGUAAUUCUUAUCCAAACAUCCCAACAGUCUAAACUGCAAGCAUGCAGGUUUCCUGCGUGCCGCGUUGUUGCGUCAGCACCGCCUGUUCUGUACACCCCACAGAGAAGAGAAAUGUGGAUGAAGGAGGAGAGAACCCAAAUCUCCAAACAGCAAAGAGAUCGAGACAAUUGAACCUGCUGAAGAGCGUAGCUCCACCUCUGAUGGCCGCCCUUGUUGCCUUUAGUCCUCUUUUUAUCCCCCCAGUGUCACUUGGACAGACAAUAGAUGUACAAAAAGGAGCCUCGUUGUUCAAUCGAGCUUGCAUAGGGUGUCAUACUGCCGGUGGAAAUAUAAUACAACCAGGUGCAACACUCUUCUUGAAGGACCUUCAGAGAAAUGGAGUAGAUACAGAGGAGGAAAUAUACCGAGUAACUUACUAUGGAAAAGGAAGAAUGCCAGGCUUUGGUGAGAAAUGCACGCCAAGAGGCCAAUGUACUUUUGGUCCGAGGUUACAGGAAGACGAGAUUAAAUUGCUAGCAGAGUUUGUGAAGUCACAGGCUGAUCUAGGCUGGCCCAACGGAGAAAGUGGUGACAACUGAAAAAACUGUAUCUCCGUUAGUUCUAUGGAGAAACAGAAACACAUCAACUUUAAAAAGCUUUUCAUGAAUUGCGGGUGAUUUUCAUCGUAGAAUCGUUGCUUGUGAACUCAGAUUAGCCAUUCUAUUUCUAUACUUGUGGUGUGAGUUGAGUUUAUCUGAUGUUAUAGAGGGGGCAAAACUGGGCACAUGGUAACAUGCACAUUCAUCAAUCAGCUUUGGCACAUUCAUAUGCUGCUGUGAGGAAAGUCAUAUAUGCAGGUGUUGAAUAAACUAUGUAUCCUUGAAAGUUGAAGCUGCUACUUUUAAGAGACUUGGUUUAGAUAUUGGCUUUGACUUUUGAAGUAGUGAGAUUUGAACUUGAUGAUACUUUUAAGGAAUAGAGGUAUUCUGGUCAGUAAAAUAUUUUAUAUGAUAUGUGAUUAGUUGAUUGUUGAUCUCUCAUAAAAUUACAUUUUUGGAAUUUAA